UGAGGCUUGGCAGGAUGGGGGAGUUAAUUAAGGUCGAGGGAGCAGGAAAGAGUUUGUUAUUCGCUAUUGGCUUAGUACGGCCUAUACAUAAUAGGGCCAUGACGGUUUUGGCAAGGCCUUGAACUUCAUAUAUCCCUUUUUUACUCAAUCCAGAAUACCGAUAAAGUCAGAUUGAAUCAUUUUGUCGACCUUUCCUUUGGAUUUAUUAUCAUAGGUAGUGUUCGAGAUCGCCUCUGUGCGGUGAACGCUCGAAUGUAGCUAACAUCAGUUUUGUCCUCGCGUGGUUGAAGGAGAUGCUGCUGCUGGAUGGAAUGCUUCCGGGGCGCCAUGAUCCUUCUAUCAUGAAUAGAAUAAUCGAGGGCACUGACUGACUGCAUCAAUCAUCGCUCAGUGAGCUAUUAAUUGCCGCCAAUAGCGCUUCGCUUGCAUGCAAGGCGGCUAAUAAAAGCGCCAGGUAGACGCGCGGAGAUGCAUUUUGAGUACUGGUGGUACUGGACAAGCUCUAGGGGAAUAAUCUCUUUCUUAUUUCUUUCUUAUUUCUUUCCCAUGACGACUAGGAACGGGCAAAUCAAGAAUUUCACUUCGAAUUCCGGACCUCAACAUCCUGCUGCUCAUGGUGUUUCACGAUCAGUAUUGGAAAUGAACGGAGAAGUGGUGGAACGUGCGGAACCACAUAUUGGAUCACUCCAUAGAGGGACUGAGAAAUUAAUCGAGUACAAAACUUAUCUUCAAGCUUUACCUUAUUUUGAUCGUUUAGACUAUGUUUCUACGAUGGCCCAAGAACACGCUCAUUCUUCAGCCGUAGAGAGACUUUUGAAUUGUGAGGUACCAUUACGAGCUCAAUAUAUAAGAGUGUUAUUCUGUGAAAUAACUCGAAUUUCAAAUCAUUCACUUGCUUCAACUACUCAUGCUAUGGAUGUGGGAGCAUCAACUCCGUUCCUUUGGGCUUUUGAGGAGCGGGAGAAAUUGUUGGAAUUCUAUGAAAGAGUCCCGGGAGCCAGGAUGCAUGCCAGUUUCAUACGACCUGGUGGAGUGGCACAAGAUCUGCCUCUUGGCUUAUGUCGAGAUAUUGAUUCCUCCACACAACAAUUUGCUUCUCGUAUCGACGAAUUAGAAGAGAUGUCAACCGGCAACCGUAUCUGGAAACAACGAUUAGUGGAUAUUGGUACUGUCACUGCACAGCAAGCAAAGGAUUGGGGAUUCAGUGGUGUAAUGUUAAGAGGUCCUGGGGUAUGCUGGGAUUCGCGAAGAGCAGCACCUUACGAUGUUCAUGACCAAUCGGAUCUUGACGUACCAGUAGGUACCAGAGGAGAUCGCUAUGAUCGUUACUGUAUCCGUAUCGAAGAGAUGCGACAAAGUGUUCGGAUCAUUGUGCAAUGUCCUAAUCAAAUGCCUAGUGGCAUGAUCAAAGCCGAUGAUCGUAAGCUAUGUCCUCCAUCACGAUCUCGAAUGAAACUAUCCAUGGAAUCGUGCGCCGUGUGAAACGUAGAUCAUCACCGUUCUUAACCGAGACUCAGGUUAAGCUCCGUCUCGGGACCGCCGUGGGGUUAGGAGUAAAGCAUCCCGAGGUUGGCGCAUCUCGUUGGGCAUGGAGAAGCAUUGGGAACCCCAAUAUCUUUCUUCGGAGCAGUUUCUUUUCCCGUCCCCUCGCCCCGGCAUAGCGCUUCGCUUCCGGUUCUUCGGAGGAAUCAACUGACUUCUCCCUUCUUCAUUGAUCCGGGGGAAAGGGAACCGUCUACCAGUUGGGAAGCUAGACAUCAAGGUUGUGGCUUGAUGAGGAUAACUAAGCUGACACGCCGGAGUUGGCUGCUGGCACAACAGGGUGGUGCCUUACCGCACCGCAGGCGCACGCGCGGUAGCGUUCGUGGUGGUGCUUCAGGAUUCCAAUGUACUGCGUCCAGGAUCAGAACGAGCUUGCCGGCGGACCACUGCCGUCCCAUUCUUUAGUGAGCUGGAGCGCUGCCAUCUUAUCCACGGAAAACGCGUCAAGCUAUCGCUUCGGGUCGAAGCACUAAAAGAAAAGGACCGGGAAACGCGGCGGCAUAGGAACCACGGGAACCCAGGAGGGAGAAAGACGAUGUACGGGAUACGGGAUCCUCGCAGUAGGCUGGACCAAAAUCCAGCCGAGAGAGGGCAGCCUUUAGAAGCAACAGGUUGGGAAACCAAGAGAAGGCUUCGCCUUUUCUUAUCUUCUUCCCGGCACAAAAAGAGGGAUUAGCAUUAUUGACCCCAUGAGAAAGCACUAACACCUUCCUCAUCGGGGCUCCGCGCACUGGGAAAAGGCUUCCGCGACAGGAAACCGGUUACUAGUUAGGAAGUGAACAUAAGGUAUCAAGAGGUCCCUCACAGUCAGGUGCAAUGCAAUUGCCCCCUAUUAGUCAAGUACCCCUCUUCCUAUUUAGUUUAGGGGUUAAGGCGAGAAAUGGCUUGAUGAACCCUUCCGUUCACCACGCACCGGCCCCAUUCACUUGCAACUCGUAGAGGCUGUAAGUAAACAGUGCCCCACUAAAUUCAAAGUGACGGUGGGGUUGAAAGACGAGAGUGCCUACCUCCGCGCCGAGAGUGCCCGCCCUUUCUGUCAAGUAGGCUA